CUGGUUUCAGUUUGAUUUCAGUAACGUUCACUUGCGGUUCGUCGUCCAGUGAUCGCGUAGUGCUUUUUUCUUCCUUGGGUGUGGGGAGAGAGGAAAAAAACAGAAAAUCAGAUAUAGUUUUCCAUCACGGUAGAUGGGGACGGUGUGGAGAGGGUGUAAUUCGACACUGGAGAAUAAGACGAGGAAAAUCUUGAAGAUUGGAGCCAAUAUUGGACUCUUUCACUCAGAUUACGCGAUUAACAUGUAAAUACUCAAAUAUAACCGGAAUACAGUGCUUCUAAGGAAAAUUCGAGCUUUUCCACACUCACACACACACACACAGAUACGCUGAAAGCAGGGAAUGUGAACAUGUAACAUUUCCACGCUCCGCUGGAAGCUGUGAUUCGCCGCCCCGUGAUUGAUCUAAAUUCUCUCGAAAAGGUAACCCCCCGAAGGGUGGUGGGAGGUUUCGCAUUUUCCAAAUUCCCACCCACAGCCACAGUGGUGGGGUCAGUGGGGUGAAGAAAAAAGGAAAAGCAGCAAAAAUGUAAAGAAAGUGCGCGCCUCUGUUGGGAUCAUUUCGUGCUGAGGCUGCUGCCAAGAAUAAAGUGAGAAAGAGGAAGGGAAAAUAGUGGAAAAAACGGUGCAAAGUGGCGCGCAGUGAAAAUUUUUCCCCAUCUGCCAAGGAAAACACACCGAGAAAAGACAGGCCGACGCCGCCGGUUUUUCGCAAGAGCUGUGCGUGUGAUUUUCGAGAGGGCAUCAAUGUGGGUGUGUGCGAAUGUGUGUGCGUUGUUUGCCGCCGAUGUUAGUGGGAAUUAAUGUGAAAUUUUAAUGGAAUUUGGAGGCUCCCUGCCGUGCGGAGUCUGACAGCUUGGAAUUGCCGCCGGCGUGAUUUUCACUGGAGAGAAUAAUUGAAAAAACAACGAAAAUUUAGAAAAAAGUGAAAGUGAGUUUGCAAACAAUGAAAGUUCAGAGCGGUGUGAAUUGAAGAAAAAAAAACUGUGAAAAAGGAAGAAAUCAAAAAAAAAUAUUAGAAAAUACGUAAUAUAAAAGCAUUUCUACGAAUAAACAGUGAAUUACAUAAGUGAAACAGAUUAAAGUUACAGCAAAAGAUAAAUAAAAUCCCGCAAAGUAACUGCUUGGUGGUGGAGAAUCAUUCAGCAGAUCAUCACUGAGGAGCAGCAGCUUAGCAGAGCCUGGAAAGUGGAGGAGCGAGCGUCAUAAAAAAGGUACUUGGCAGCGGUGGCGCUCGUUAUACAUUAAAUCCAUCGCAAACUUCCACAAACGAUCUCGUAAAGUUCAGCCGGACAGCUUAUCGGAGCAUCCAAAGAGGUUCCAGCAAUUGGCACCAUUCAAGAAAAGAGCCUUCAUCCGCACUACUAGCCUGUUUGUGUGUGUGUGUGUGCGUGUUUCGCAAGUGCAUUUUCGCGUGUGUACACCAGUAGCAGUAGCAAACAACAGCAACUUUUCGUUCUUCCCACUUUAGAAAGACACACACCACCCACAACAACAACAACAGUAGCAGGAAAAAUAGAACAACCGCGCGCUGCACAAUUAGUUUCGCAAAGUAGCCAGAAAUUGUUUCUUCGUGUGCACAACACAAACACUAGAGCGAGAAAAAUACAACAUCCUUAGAGCAUCCCCUCCCCCAAAAGUUACAAAACUCGGUCGCAACCACUAGGGUGGCGACUACGCGCGAAAUCGGGUUUGUCAACGGCAGAAUCUUGGACCCAACUUUGGUCGUUUCAAAUUUGCAUUCCAUUUGAACUCUGUAAUUAUCGGUUUCUGGCAACAUUGGCGCCAAAGCAUGACGGAACCACUGCCCGAGGGUUGGGCCCCUGGAAGGAAGCUUCCCCAACCCCAGAUCACACUCCAACGGAACGAGAUAUGGUGGAGGAAGGGGAGCAGUGGAGGCCACUGAGGUCACUGAGGUGGUCCAGCUACCCAUCCCAAUGAGACGAGCGCAGCAGAUACUCAAAUUUGGCUGCAACCACUCGGGAGAAUCCGACGAAGAAGACGAAGCUGUAGAGUAGAGCGCAGAGGGAUAAGAACUCCGGAACGUGCGGAACAACCCAAGCCGGACAGAGCAUUGAGUCAACAACCAGAAGGACAGAGAGAGAGUUCUCAGUUUCAUUUUUCAGUUAUUUUUUGUUUUUUUUUUUAUUAUUUUUGUUUGGUUUUAAUUGAGCAAUCAACGUUUUUUACGUAUUUGCGCUUUCGGUUGCCGCGGAUCGUUUAUACAUCGUUGCGCUUCUUACCGUGCCCUGACUAAGCAAACUUUCCUGAGCAGCUUCCUUUGCUAAUGACCGUGGCGCCAGCCAGCAGGACCGUGUGGUGUUAAACCGUUUUCUCUCGUCUUGCAAACUGGCCACACUUGUUUGAGGAAUUAAUUUGCGUGGCGAAUCCCGCACGGGCACGGGCACGGAGGACAACAGCGCGGAAAGACUCAACCAUCAGCAUUGACAUUGGCUCGGCCGUACGAAAGCUCGUGUGUAAUCGCUUGACUCGACACGUGACAACGACCCCGUUAAAUGGUGAGCCGGCUUAGUUUUAAGACGAAGCUUAGCGUUUCGUUUUCGGGCCCAGUACUGAACGAUGAGCCACGUGGGGCCACCACAUAUGGACGCCAGGAAACUAGUGCUAGCGAGGACGAAAGGGGGCGUCUGAGUGAACUGUGAGAGAAGUGGUUGGAAGAGAGAUACAGAAGUGCUUCUUAAACUCAGUGUGGUGCUAAGAUAUGAACGAUUUCGGGAGAAAGGACUAGUGGAAGUGAGCUUUAGUGGGUAAAGGAAUAGAGAAGAUUGUAAGAAGAAGGAUUUCGCGUGGGGAAAGGAUCUUCGUUAUUGAGAGUGAAAGGAGUUGGGAAUUAUCGCGAAGCAUAAAGUAAUUAUAAUUUUAAUCACCCCUUUUCGAAAGAAUAUUAUGCCAAAGUGUUGGAAAAGAAAACCGACGGGCUAUGUUUGUGAUGCUGUCAGUUCGCACAACAGCCACCGUUCGUGAACGGCCAGCCGAGACGGUCAAGAAGGCAAUCAACAUAAACCAGCUCUUCAAGAACAUCAACAGCCGAAAGACGCCCAAGUGUCUGCGGCGGAAGCAACCGAAGAAAGCCUCCGGUUCCGACGCGACCUUGAACAACGCGAAAUCGCUUGACCGCCAUAACAGCAACGGCAAGGGCGCCAGCGAAAGUGACAGCAGCAGUAGCAGUAGCAGCAGCAGCAGUAGUAGCAGUAGCAGCAGCGACCAGAAGAACCAACAGCGAGACAAGAACAGCUAUCAAAGGCACCGUCAACCGAAGCCAACCGAUAAACCGUUGAUCCAGAUCGUCACACCGACGACCACGACUACGAUUGCGGGCCCAACCAGCACACAGCAUCCGUUGGGCCGGCUAGUGAAAAUUCCGGAAGAAGAUCCGCGAAAGCUCAGCACUACCGAGUCGGUGUCUUCGACGGAGAAGCAGGACAACCAGAGCGGUACGAACCAACCGAACCAACGGCCAGACCAGUGGCAACAGCAGCAACAAAACCAAACACAGCAAGAAUCACAAGAGGAGCAACAACCAAAGACCAAGUUUCUUCUGCCAGAGUUGAACAACUUCCGGAAACCACCGACUGUGCAGGUACCAGUGGCAACCAUUCUGAACGACCUUAGUCCCGUGCCUGCGCCAGCAAAAGUCACGAAUAAAAUCUCCAACUCGAACCCUAUGAGUCCUAUGAACCCCGCCGGGCUACAAAGUAACUCGCCGGACGUUAAGGCCAUGCGGUACUACAGAUUGUGGAUCUACACGUGCAACGCUGUGCUCUUGAUGGCGGUAAUUGUAUUCUGUGGCGUUGCGGGCAAAAUUCUACUCUCCGACUACAAGCGACUGCUGGUGAACGGGCUCAGCCUGACGCAACCGAGCUUCAUCUACGCGUACCUAGCGCUGCUGGUGCAAUCAGGUUUCUUACAACUGAUAGGGUGUCUUGGUGCCUUACGACUAUCGGAGAAAUUGUUAAACGCUUACUGGUUGCUUUUACUCGUAUUGUUAAUAGGGGACGCAAUGUUGGGCAUAUUUUGGAUGUUCAAAUUCGACAAAGUGAUGCAAGAGCUGCAGCCCAUGCUGAGAUCUCGUCUAGUCCAUGAAUAUGGAAAUUCAAUCGAAUUAACAGAUCUCUGGGAUCGGCUGCAAAACGAGGGACGAUGCUGUGGCGUAUCUGGACCACAAGAUUUUCCGAUGCACGUGAACCGAACCUACCCGGACUCGUGCUGCGCCGCGGACAUUGCCGAGCAGUUCAGCAUAUCGAGGAGGCCGCUCGCGUCCGCCGUCGUGUUCCGCAGCGACCUGGUGGACGACCUGGUGCUGGACGACGUGACGGCCGGCCGCAACUUUAGUGAUAUCAGCGACGCGUGGAGUCUCAUCACGGCGCCGAGUAGCACGACGAGCGUUAGCAGCAGCAUUAGUAGCAGUAGUGCUGGUAGUACCAGCAGCGCCCUCGGUGGAGCGGGCAGUAGUAGCUUAAGUUCCGGUAGCAGUAAUAGCGUUAGUGGUAGCGGUAACAGUGGAGGGCUGAGGAGUAGCAGCGCCAGUGUCAGCAGCAGCAGCACGGUUAGCGGCGGUGACAGUGGAAACGUCAGGACGGUCACCACGUGUCGGGCGGUGUACCCACAGGGUUGCGCCGACCGGAUCGCGUCCUGGCUGCGCCACACCGCGGACAUUCUGUUCGUGCUGGGCUACUGCGUGAUCGCGUUUCUGAAGCUGAGCUUCCUCGGCAUCCUGCGGUACGAGAUCAAGGAGAUGAUCCAGAAGAUCAAGCUGCUGCAAACCGAAAUGGCCGGCUCGAUCCUGAACGGCGUCGAGUGCGACCAGUCCCAGAUGCAGCAGUUUACCUUGUUGCAGCAAGUGACGAGCACGUCCGUCAACGGUGGAAUCCACGCGGAACCCAAGGUCGGCAACCGGGACCGCGAGCGGACGCGGAUAGAGGCCGCCGAAAGUGAGCGGGAAUCGCUGCUGAACACCACCCAGCAGGACGCCACCCCGAAGGUCCUGAAGCACAAACAGCUGUACACGUGCAUCAACGAGCAGCAGCAGCAGCAGCAUCCUUGCGGGGGUGGGGGAACGGGGAGUGGUGGGCUGGGGGUGGGGGCGGCAGGGGGCUGCGAGUCGGACACCAACUCGAACUGUGCCCUGCUGGUGGAGGAAAGCAACGCGGCGAUGAUGGCUUCCAGCGGGGCGGGGGCGGCGACCAAGACAAUAAACGGCAACAACAACUACGAACUGAGCGAGUUCGACGACAAGGCGCACACCUACAGGCUCCUCAACGCACCGACGGUGACCCGGAUCUGACUACGGUAUUAUCUCGAGCAACUUUUUGGCGAUCGCUGGCGGAAAGCGAGGCCAAACAGCGCCCCGCGGACCCGCUCCGAGGACCACCCUAGCGGGAGCGUUCCGGGUGGGGGCGGAGGCGGAAGUAGCUACACCUGCCAACAACAACAACAACAACAGCAACAACAGCUACAGCAGCCACCGCCGCAGCAGCAGCAGCAAAAGUUACCGCAGCAACGACAUGUGCUCCAGCACCAGGACAGUGUGUGUAGUAGUGGGCGUGAAGGGGGAAUCCGGACUGGUGGUGGGGUCGGU